CGUCGUCCUCCAGAACAACUGCGGGACACACAAAUGGAACAAUGCCGUGUCUCCUCACUGCGCUCGUAACAAAAUAAAUGAAAGUAAUAUGCAGCUGUUUUUAUAAUUAAAGUAAUACGUAGACCUGACAAUCGUCUACUACAAUGCUAGGCCUAUUUACGGUUGUCACCGCGCACCCGGUGCGCCAGCGGGUUCUCGUAGUUGUCAUGAGUUGUACUGCGCUCUCCAUGGCUUACCGACAAGACAGCAGCAGAACAGCUAGUGAAGUUUCGGGACGUCUCCGGGGAGCGUCCGGGGCUGCCGGGGUAUGCACCUUCGGCCGGUCGACAUCCUGUUGUUUUGGCUGGAGGAAUGUCAGUGGUGUCUGCCGGCCACUGUGCAAGAAGCCCUGCAGGAAUGGAGUGUGUGUGGGUCCUGACAAGUGCUCCUGCUCUGUGGGAUACGAAGACCAGCAAUGUGACAAAGACGUGAAUGAGUGCGGUCUCGCGGAGCGGCCGUGCCACCACCGCUGUAUGAACACCCCCGGCACUUAUCGAUGCUACUGCGACCCGGGAUACGCCCUCCACACGGACGGGAAGACCUGCACCGAAGACCCUGAGUGUCCUUCCCUCCGCUGCCAGUUUGGCUGCCAGAUUGAGGGGAGGGGAGAUGUGCUCUGUCUGUGUCCCCCCGGCCUCCACCUGGCUCCAGACAAUAGGACCUGUGAAGACGUGGACGAAUGUCGAGGGGUGUCGGAUGUUUGCCCCCAACGGCAGACUUGCAAGAACACUUUUGGCAGCUUCGCGUGCGUGUGUGGCGAGGGCUUUGUGCUGGCGACGCUGCGGGACAAGGUGCUCUGUCGAGACAAGGACGAGUGUCUGGACGGUACUCACCUGUGUAGCCGUCACGCAGAGUGCGUCAACACCACUGGUUCAUACACCUGUCGUUGCCGGGCCAACUACUCUGGCGAUGGCCACGCGUGCUGGCCCUGGGGGAGGGGGGCCCAUUCCAAGGCCUCCAUGUACUACCAGUAUAAACUCUCCAAAAGAACCUGGCCCCAAACUAUAACCAUGGCAACCGCAACUCUGAGGGGUUCCCCUGGUUCUGGCUGAGAGCAGUUCUGAAGUAACGGCCAUGCAAGUCGUGUGAAAGCCCAGAAGAACUCUAGCUGGAAUGGACGCUGUUAUGUUGACGAGGCCUUGGAGCCUUGGAGGACCAUUUCUGAAGUGGAUUGCGGGCAAAUGGGUUACAGUUCAUUCAAUCUCGCAACAUAGUAAAACAUAGGAAUUCCUCGCACCACUGGAAAGUGUGGUAACAUUCGUUGGCCAGGCCUCUCUUUAGUUAGUCAACAAAGGCUGUAGAUUACUACCCGGCGCCAUUAGUGGUCUUCUGUUUGAUGUCGGUCGAAGGAGCCACUCAUUUGAAAAACACAAACAUGCUCAUUUGACAAACACUCUUGUCAAGCCACCGCACUCUGUAGUUAGCCUGCCAUGAGUUAGACCUGGUGCUCUGUGAUGACAUGGAAUUUUCCUUUGUUUAAGUUUCCCCAGUUCAUUGUCAUGGUUUAGGUCAGGAACGAGUUUCACAUGCACUCCUGCUGCUCUGCGACAGGCUAGCGUGCUGUUCGGGCGGCGUAACUUGUACUUCAAGCUGCCACGCGCUAUAAACAGGAGAUCCUUCCUUAUGGACCGGACAAGGUCACUUACAUGCUUUUUUUUAUACUUCCGUAGUGGACAACAGAAAUGGUUGAGAUUGGGACUUGACAGUGUAGCAACUAGGUCAUGGAGUGGCCAGUGGAUGUCCAAACAAGCUCCCACUCCAAUUUCCAUAGGAAAAGUAUUUUCUUUAGUCUAUACAUCAUUAUUUGUUAACAAAAGGCUGACCUCUGGUGGAAAGAUAAGGGAAGAUAUUGGUCUUUUGAGAUAACAGUUUCACCAUGACAUCUCCACAGAGGAGUUCAGGGAUGGCUGUAUACAUAUAUUCUUUUUAAAUGCAUGUUACUGGUGAGUUAUGUUAAUCAGAGAUAUCACUUUCAUGGUGUAGAAUGUCACGUGUAACUGCU